UAAUGUCCCGUGCAUCCGAUGUGGUUAUAUCUGUAGUAAAUGAUAUCCUAGAUACAGCCAAACUGGAUGCGCGUAAGCUUACAUUGAUAAACCGCGUCUUUGAUUUAUGGUCGCUUGUAGAGAAGACGGUGACAAUUCUUGGUGAACGUGUUGGUGCAAAGGAGCUCGAAUUGAUCGUUCUAUACGAUCCGGAGACUCUUUCGAGAUAUGUAAAGACGGAUCCAGAGAGGUUACAACAAGUGAUAAUGAAUCUGUUAUCUAACGCAAUCAAAUUCACAGAUAAUGGCGAAAUUGUAGUGAAAUUAUCAAUAAGAAAUAGCGAAAACAUUGCGGUAGUUGAUAACCCUGACUCGAACAAACUUUUGUGCGUGGAAAUAUUUGAUACUGGUGUUGGCAUUGACCCGGCAUCGAUUAAACACAUUUGGGAAAACUUUUCGCAAGUAGAUGCUUCGAUGACUCGAGGUCGAGAUGGAACUGGUCUAGGUCUCUCUCUAUGCAAAAGUCUUGUUGAACUAAACGGCGGUAAAAUUGGAGUUGAUAGCGAAGUUGGUAAAGGAAGCAAAUUCUGGUUUACGUGGAAUAUUGGGAAUAUAUCCUUACCGUCAAUACCGAAGCUACCAUCUCGAGAUGAUAGUUCCAAUUUGCAAGGUCAGCUGAAUCGGGCUAGAAAUGUUCUUAUAAUCGAUCCCGUGGAAGCAGCAAGAUCAGCGUACGCGACGUUGAUUAAGGGGAGUGUUGAAAAGGUAUAUACGUAUGCAGAUUAUGCAAGCGCACUAGAAGCGGCCAGAGAGCAUAGGAAGAAGCACGACGAGCGUAUAUGCGAUCUGGCAUUUUUGAGCGUGAGAAAUAAUAGCGCUGCAGAAGUUGAGAAUGCAGCCAAAGAGCUCAAGCGUAUUUGCGGGAACAGGUUAUCAAUUGUAUUGAUGGUGUUUUUGUCAAUCGGAGGUUACACGCUCGGGAAGAGUAUGGUCGAGAAAAUAGGAACAGAUGUUGCGGCUAUCUGCAAGCCAGUGAUGCACAAGUGUAUGAUGGACUAUGUCUCUAAUUUCAACAUGUUUUUGGUUAAGCCUGGAGAUGAGGAUAACAAGGAAACGAAAAAUAAUAGUAUAUCGACAUACAGUAAAUUCUACAAUCAUAAUCGACCUACAGUCUGUUAUCCAAAGAAAAAAGAUACAAAUGAACCAAUCAUAAUUCGAGGUGUUAUGCCAUCCUCAAAGGAUGAGAGCGAGUCCAAAUCCAAAGCUGUCAGUACGCAGCUUGUUCCAAUGAAGAGUUCUGCUUCUAGCGAAUUGAAGGAUCAAUCUAGUAAUGAAGAAAGAGCAAGCAAGUCAAGCAGAGUUGGAGGAUUACUCAAAUGUAUUCUCUGCGUGGACGACAACGCGAUUAAUCGAAAAAUCCUCAAAACCCAGCUGGAUAGAUUAGAUUAUAAUUAUUUAACAGCAGAAAACGGAAAGGAAGCAGUUGAUUUAGUACGGACGCAGUAUGAGAAUAGCCAAACCAGUAGCAUGGAUAGGUUGGAGUCCAAACUGGGGAUAUCGUUAAUUUUGAUGGAUUGUGCAAUGCCUGUUAUGUCAGGGUUUGAAGCAACACGAACAAUCAGGUCAUUAAGUCCGGAGUUUCAGACGCUUCCAAUCAUUGCAUUAACUGCAUGCACAAUAGCAGGGAUGCGCGAACAAUGUCUAGAGGCGGGUAUGAAUGACUAUCUAACUAAACCACUCAAGAUAAAACAAUUGAAGGAGAAGCUGAAUGAGUGGUUGGGUGGUGAGAAUUAA